AUAACGGUUCAAUAACACAAAAUUGGCUUAAGAAGAAAAACAAAAAUUAAACAAUUAAUAGCAUAAUACAGCCUCCGCAUCAUCCAAACGUUUCUCCUAUGCAAAGCGGCGCUAUAUCCCUUGCCUUCUCUCCCUGCGCGAAAUGCCGGUGAAAUUGUAGAUUCAAACGACGACGUUCACUGAUUACUGGCAGAUCCACAAUCGGUAGCAUCAGAAACAAUACAUAGAUAUAGAGAGAGAGAGAGAGGGGUGAGAAACGGAAGGAAAUGGGGGCAUACAGGGCAGAUGAUGACUACGACUACUUGUUCAAGGUGGUGUUGAUAGGGGAUUCGGGUGUGGGGAAAUCUAAUCUGUUGUCUCGAUUCACGAGGAACGAGUUCAGCCUCGAAUCUAAAUCCACCAUCGGAGUCGAAUUCGCCACCCGCAGCAUCCACGUCGACGACAAGGUCGUCAAGGCUCAGAUUUGGGACACCGCCGGCCAAGAACGAUACCGUGCGAUUACCAGUGCUUACUAUCGAGGAGCAGUGGGUGCAUUGCUCGUCUAUGAUGUUACUCGACAUGUCACAUUUGAGAAUGUGGAGAGAUGGUUGAAGGAGCUGCGGGAUCACACUGAUGCCAACAUUGUGAUCAUGCUUGUUGGAAACAAGGCUGACUUACGCCAUUUGCGCGCAGUUUCCACUGAUGAUGCCAAGGGUUUUGCUGAGAGGGAAAACACCUUUUUCAUGGAAACCUCUGCACUUGAGUCAUUGAAUGUUGAGAAUGCGUUCACUGAAGUCCUUACUCAGAUUUAUCGCGUGGUUAGCCGGAAAGCUCUUGACAUCGGUGAUGAUCCUGCAGCCCUACCCAAGGGACAAACUAUUAACGUUGGCACUAAAGAUGAUGUAUCAGCUGUGAAGAAAGUUGGAUGCUGUUCGGCAUAGUUCCCUGGAACUAGUAGUUUUCCAAUCUUAGUUUAAUGGGGUUUUGUCAGAUUUAUUGUUUCACCCAAUAGGCUUUCCCACAUUUAGGGCAACUUAUUUGUUACAUUUUUUUUCUCCCUUUUUCUGGUUUCUGGUUUGUCUUGCUUUUAUUGUAUUCUUCAGCACUAUAUCUGGUUCUAUGUUGAAAAUGGUGUUCUCUACUCCUUCAUUAAUCUGACUAGAUUUUUUUUUUGAUAA